UCCGACCGCAUGCAAGCGUCAGUCGCCGUCGAAACGCCGUCAAGCGCGAACGUCGGAUCGUUGAAAUACCUGACGUGUGUUUUUGUGCGGUGAAAUUUGAGGAUUUGAACGUUUCUGAAGAAAGAAUCGAGGCAAAUCCUCGAUUACCUGCACAGUCCGAUUCCAAGGAAGUUGAUAGCACUGGCGAAUCAUCUGUAACCAAGGAUGUCGUAGCGAAGUCUGAAGAAGCUUUGAGAGCAAACGAAUGCCUGAAGCGAUCGAAAGAGGUUAAAAAAUCCAACGAAAGUGGCGAACAAGUGCCGUUGAUAAUCGUCGAAUCGCCGAUCGUAAGUUCCGACUCUAAGGAACCGCUGUGCAAAGAGAACUUAAUACCGCAAAACGGUACAUCAGCCCCAUCGGAGAAAAAUUUGCAAAACAGGAUAUCAGAGGAGGUAAAAGCGAAGAAAAAAAUGGCUUACGACGACGUGAUUUUGCACAUGGGUGAAUUUGGUCGAUACCAAAAGAGGAUAUACCUGCUUUUGUGCCUGCCAGCGAUAUCCUGUGCCUUUCAUAAAAUGAGCGGUGUUUUUCUUGGCGCAAAGGCGGACUUCCGGUGUCUGCAGCCUUACGAAAAUCCGGAAAACGCCACAGUUCAUUUACCCAACGACUUUAUGAAGAUGCACUAUCCGUGGGACAACACAACCAAGAACUUUUCACAGUGCGAAAGAUACGACAGAAAUUUUUCAGAACAUUACUAUGAGUCCGGUGCAAAUGUCACUUUCAAUGCCUCCAUUGUUGAGUGCGACACCUUUGUUUACGAUAAAACAGUGUACGCACUCACGACCACAACUCAGUGGAACCUGGUCUGCAGAAAGGCAUGGCUUAGAGCAACGGGCGACUCGUUAUUCAUGGUGGGAGUGAUGGUGGGAUCCAUGAUAUUCGGUGCACUCUCAGACAGAUUCGGUCGAAGACCGAUAUUCUUUUUGUCACUGGUGAUACAAUUGGUCGGUGGCAUAAUGGUCGCCCUGGCCCCCGAGUACAUUUCGUAUGUAAUCUUCAGAUUGAUUCUGGGGUCAACAACCAGCGGAGUAUUUCUGGUGGCUUACGUUAUCGCGCUCGAAAUGGUCGGACCAAAGAAGCGAUUGGUAGCCGGUGUCGGUUGCCAACUCUUUUUCACCACGGGGUACAUCCUUGUUGCUGGUUUUGCCUACUAUAUUACAGAUUGGAGAUAUCUACAGAUCGCCAUCACCAUUCCGAGUCUAGCAUUCCUCGUCUAUUGGUGGUUCAUUCCCGAAUCCGCCCGAUGGCUGUUGACGAAAGGCCGUGUGCAGGAGGCGAAGGACUUGCUCCAGAAGGCGUCCUCGGAAAACGGUGUAGACCUACCGAAAGACACUUUGGACUGUCUGCUGACCAGCGACAACGAGAGCAAGCCAGAUCUGAACAAGCCGACGUUGUUCGACCUCUUCAGAUACCCAAAUCUGCGCAACAAGAGCAUGUUGCUUUUCUUCAACUGGUUUGUAAACAGUGGUACGUAUUACGGACUGUCUUGGAACACUUCCAACCUCGGAGGUAACGAUUACGUGAAUUUUUUAAUUGGUGGCCUCGUUGAAGUACCAGCUUACACAUUCCUACUUUUCACGUUAAACAGAUGGGGAAGAAAGAUUAUUUUAUGCGGUUGUAUGUUACUCGCCGGGACGUCGUUGCUCCUGACAUUAAUCGUUCCAGCUAACAUGCCAUGGAUGGUCACGUUUCUCGCGAUGUUGGGAAAAUUGGCAAUCACAUCCUCUUACGGUGCCGUUUACGUAUUUACUGCCGAACAGUUUCCCACUGUGAUUAGGAACGUCGGUCUUGGAGCUUGUUCGACCUUUGCCCGGAUAGGAGGAGUCAUAGCGCCGUACAUCAACCACUUGUCGGAAAUUUGGACACCUUUACCGCUGGUCAUUUUCGGCAUCUGCGCACUGAUUGGUGGAAUAAUGUCACUGCUUCUCCCAGAAACGCUGAACAAAAAGCUACCAGAAUCGAUACAGGAUGGCGAACAAUUCGGAAAGAAGAUACGUGGGCACGAUGAAGGUGACGUGAAACAGAUGACCGAUAUUGAAAUAAUGAAACCGUUGAAGACGCAAGGCAACGGAGUGUAUAGCGAAAAACAAAACGGAUGAUAUUGAAAGCGGUGAAGUUGUGCACAGCAGAAUCGAUAAGAUGUAUAAACUGGACAUCAGUUUCCAUCCAGCGAUGUCGACGACAACGUUAAACUAAUUCCACGAUCAAUAAUGCCGCGCGUAUAAUUUCAUGGAAUUAGUUACUGCCUCUCUGUGGUUUUCGCAAAGUGCGCCAACCGCGAGAGGCAUGAAACUUAUAUUUAUUAUACCUAUAGUUAAUGAUUCCGGUGUACGGAAGUCUAGCGGAUUUUGAUACUGUUUUUAAUACCUAUUUUUUAUCGUCAUCGUUCUUUCUUCUUCCUUUUUACAAUCAGCGGAAAUCAGCGGUCAUUUUUCGAAAUGCACUUAUAAAUAACUCACAAUCGGUAUUCACGUAAAAUCGUUCUUACUUGCUGUAUAUGUGGUAUAAGUUUGAAAUUUAGAGGAAAAUACUCACAUUGAAACAGCUGAAACGACUUCGUGGACAAGCUAGUUUGAAAAUCUUUAAUCGUCAGUUAUGGUUGACCGAUAAAAAUAAUUUUUCGCGAUUUCGCCUCUAUGAUUUAUUUCAAUAAUUGCCCCAUGCAAGAAUCAGGACUCUUUGGGAAUUCUUGACGUACAAUUAGACUUUUCCAAACACAACUGUGUAAUCUCAAUUGAGAAUUCCUCAACGAGUAUCGCAUCCUUUCCUGCUUGCUUUCACCGCGACAUUCCUAUCAGUAUACAGCUAAUUAUGAUCAAUUCUGUGCCUAUAAGUUAAAUAUAUUGUUAGGUCGAUUGUUGGGGAGAGGGAAAAAAGAAUAC